GACCCCAGGACGCGCAGUCCCUGGAGACCCAUGGAGGGAGACAGCGGGUAAUCCCCGGGAAAAGGAUCACUCCAGCCCUGCGCCGCUGAUAUUAACAGCUGUAGGCUAUAUUCUCCAUGCCAGUAGGGUCGAAUGAGUGGGUGGAUAUCUGGACAGAACACAGAAAUUGAUCCCUUGAUUGGGUGACUGAGGUGUGCAUGGGACUCCGGAGAAGCGAGGUCACGUUGGGAAUAGUAGCCAACUCGAUGGAUUUCAUACGUGCAGAAUGAACCGCUAAAGGGAAAGAUGGGACGCGGGCCAGCCAGCGACUUUAUUGGAGUUUUGUGGAAUCGACGCAGCGGCACUAUGGAUUCUUUAAUUCUCUCUGAGCGGCUUCGUGUCUUCACAGAGAUGAAGUUAUGUGAGCUGAGCUUGCAGUAGAAUGGCCCUCCUCGGAUGGGACUCUGAGGGAAGGCGAUGGCAGCUUUUCACCACAGCAAACCAACGGAUAGGGACACCAGGAGAGUCCUCCAAAAACUUAUUAUCAUGCUCUCUUUGGGAAUCAUCUGCGUCUCUCUCUUCUACUUCUUCACGGGAUGCUGCGAGUCGGACCUAACGGAAAACUCAGUCUCCGACAGACCCGCCAGGGAGUUUCUCUUAACGGGAUGGUAUCAUGACAGAAACGGGACGUUUUAUAAGGACGUUGUAACGGUACAGGAUGAAGAUGAAUACCCAGGGACCGGGGAAGGGAGCACAAUAACGCCCGGUUUGGAGACGAAUAACUCGGGUAAAGAUUGGACGGCGACCCGGCGGUUACCCCAAGCCCUCAUUAUAGGGGUGAAGAAGGGUGGCACGAGGGCUUUGCUGGAGUUUCUCAGGCUGCACCCGGACAUCCGCGCGCUGGGCUCUGAGCCGCACUUCUUUGACCGGCAUUACGCACGAGGCUUGCACUGGUACAGGAGUAUGAUGCCCAAGGCCUUGGACGGCCAGGUUGUCAUGGAGAAGACACCGCGUUACUUUGUUACCGUGGAGACCCCGGGGCGUGUACACUCCAUGUCGCGUGACGUGAAGCUGAUUGUGGUGGUCCGAGACCCUGUGACCCGGGCCAUCUCUGACUACACCCAGAUCAUCUCCAAGACCCCCCACAUCCCCGCCUUCGAGACCCUCGCCUUCAAGAACCGCACCAAUGGUGAGAUUGACUCUCUAUGGAGCCCUCUGUGGAUCGGACUGUACGCCCAGCAUCUGGAGCGCUGGCUGGCCUGGUUCCCCCGGGCCCAGAUCCACCUAGUCAGUGGGGAGGGCCUCAUCUCUGACCCGGCAGGAGAACUAGGAAAGGUCCAGGACUUCCUGGGCCUCCAGAGGAUUGUCACGGACAAGCACUUCUACUUCAAUAAGACUAAAGGUUUCCCCUGCCUGAAGAAACCAGAGGGAAGCAGCAAGCCCCACUGCCUGGGGAAGACUAAAGGCCGGACACACGCCCCCAUCGACCCGGAAGUGAUCCGGAGACUGAGAGAGUUCUACAGGCUGCACAACCAGCGGUUCUACCAGAUGACUGGCCAGGACUUUGGAUGGCAAUGAGGACUCAGUAGAGUUAACAAGGUGACACAUGAAUCCAUAGUAACAAAGACACAGGGGUGUUUGUCCGUAGGCUUCAGUUUGCACUCUGUACCUGUUACUGUGACUUGGGGCAAAGAGUAAUGACAUAGCCUCAUACUGUUGAUACAGAAGUGUCUCUGUGCUAGGAACUAAAUCCAAUGUUGAUAGACCUCUGGGUAGCGAGAGAAACAGAGAUCAGAGAUUCAAUUUUCGAGGUUUGGUGACAGUGCAGAAAGACCAUCUAUAUGCUAGUUCCCUUUCAGUAUCUAAUAGAUGUUCAACAAAAAGAAAGUGGCACUUAAAGCAAUCUUUAGUUGACACAUACAUUUUUGGAGUUAGAAAUUAAUGAUAGAAUACCCAUUGAUUCUUGAAGAAUAAAACUUAUAAAUGCCUUUUGAGCUUAUUUCAACUGUCGUAUCCUAUCAGAACCCAAAAUACAAGCUUGUUUUACUCCAAUGUUUGUAAACUAUGUAAAUGUAAACAUAUACUGCAUUGCCUCAAAACAUGGUUAAAACUAUAAUUUGCCUGCAAAGGCAAAAUGCAGUAACUUCAUAUUUGGUCAAAAUUGAGUUAAGACUGAAAUCAGGCUUUGUAGUAUCUGUUUGAUCUUGUGUCCUGGUUCAAUUAUGUUCCAUUUUAGAGAAAAUGGAGUGAGAAAUUUGCAGUAACUAUAAAAUCCAAGUAAAAACCCAGGCAAACAGCAGUAACUGAAGUUUGACUUUAUUCCACUGUGUUUUGACUGCAGUUACCCGCUCUGCCAUACAAAGGCAAAGAGCAGUAACUAUGCAAACAGUGAAACUGAGAGAAAUGGCUUGAAAGUUUAUUUGCUGUCCAGACAAAUAUGUUGUAGGUAGACAAGUGAUAAUGCACUGAUGUAUUAUCUUAUUAUGAAGUAAUUUGUUAUGCAUUACAACCAUGACCACUGAUUUGUCCUAUGACCCCUAAGUCAAAUAAAUGAUGACACAAAGUCAAACAGAAAAACAAUGAGUUGGAUAAACACAUUUAGAUUGUAUAUACUGCACAAAGUCUAAUAUUUUUUGUAAGUAUAAACAUUCUGCGAGUGGAAAUAGUCCUUACCUUAUGGUUAAGGGUUACUACAAUACAAUCAAUCAAUCAAUCAAUUUUAUUUUAUAUAGCCCUUCGUACAUCAGCUAAUAUCUCGAAGUGCUGUACAGAAACCCAGCCUAAAACCCCAAACAGCUAGUAAUGCAGGUGUAGAAUACAACAUUCAAAACAUGAAAACGUAACUACGUAACACCAUUAAAUACAGUUGGAAUGUAGUUAGAACUCUCAAACUGUUUCCAUCAAACAGAAAAACAACAAGAAAUGUGGAUAAACACAUUUAGAUUGUAGAUACUGCACUUUGCCUUUGCAUUACCCAUAUAGUUGUUUAAGGUCAUACAAAGGCACAGUGCAGUAUUUGCAUUUUAGGGGUCAUAGGUAAAGUCAGUGGUCAUGGUUGAUAUGCAUAAAAAUUACUUCACAGUAAGAUGAUACGUCAGUGCAUUAUCAUUUAUCUACAGUGCUUAAUUUGUAAAUCGGGAGGUGCCGGAACAAAAAGUGAGCACGAGAGGGGGGUGACCUGGGGGGCUCUGAGGUACUUGAACACAUGAAAAAAAAAUCACCUUUAUAAUAAAGGAUUGCAUGCAUUAUCAUUGCUUUUGCUUAGUGGCAUAGAGCAGUAGAGUAGAGGCGCUUGCAGAAGUUGCAUACAUGGGGAAUUUUUUUCUGUAGCCUAGGGUCCGGGAAAGAUGUGGCUUUUUAUAAACACACCAUUUUACAUGACUGAAUCUUUUUUUAAAUCACACAAAUGAUUGAAAUGACAGGCUGCUUUGACACUGACAAACUGAGAAUCUGAGAUUAAUUAAAAUGACCUCGUCUUGAAUCCAUCAAUAACCUAGGUCUAGCUGUGUGGAGACACACAUAUUGUACAAUAUGAGGAGGAAAUUAUAUUCCUAGAAAAGCUUUCCAGUUUCACUGACUCGCCCAAUGAUGUGUAGCUCACUCACAGGUGAUGGCCGAUGUGCUCGUGCCAAAAGCCUAUCUCUCUCUUGUUUUACUGUGACUAAAGUAUAGGCCUACUCCUGGUGUAGUAUUCUGAAUAUUUCAUUUCAGUGAAUCUCACUCUAGUUAUGUGAGAGAUUCAAGCCCACUUCUCUCUCUCACAUUGCAUUGGUCUGUCGCUAGGGUCCAGUGUUACGCAAACCAUAAACCCGGGCCUGCCCAACACAAAACAAUUCUUAGAAUAUCAGGCACGUUUCCACAUUACCUUUUUUAGGGGGCAGGAGAAUUACAGAGGAGGCAACUCAAAUUAACACUGAUAACUUUUAUUCAAAAGCAAACAUUGAAAAUAGGAUCCGUCUCAAAUUAAUCACUGCUUAUCUACCUACAGCAUAUUUGGCUGCCUAGCAAAAAACUUUAAAGCCAUUUUUCUCAGUUUCAUUGUUGGCGUAGUUACUGUGUUUUGACUUUGUAGGGCAGCAUAGCUCUGUCUAUGAAUUUGAGAGUGGUUACAUUUAUCCAGACCCAUCCCUUAGCUUUAUACCAAAACACAGGCAGGGUGCCCACUUUGUUAUUGUUUCAAUUAAGGAUUGUAGGUUUAAGCUGUGUUUGAAAACACCUGGCGUUCUUGUCUUAGAUAGUGCUCCUGCUUAACUCCCGGCCACACUGUGUCCCACCAGGAGUGAAGAACAUGGCUAUGGGAUGUGUAGUCUGCAGUGUAGGCCUGAUGUGUACUGUAGAGUAAGUAGUAACAACGUCCUGCGGAUGCUUCUGCAAAGUAGUGAAACACUAAACCAAACAGAUGUCUUACCAUGCCUCAUGGAGUAUGACAUUCCUUUUCCUCUUCCUUUUUUAUACAUUUUAGCUACUCAGUGCUUAGGCAAUGAAUUAAAGGAGUUGUAGGCAAUCAGUACAUAUCGAAUAUCAUCCCCAAGUAUUACGGAAAGGGGAAGUAUGAGUAGCAUCUUUAUAAGUGCUCAGAUUUGACUGAGUGGUUUUGUAUUGUUGAAUAAUGAAUGUGCAUAAGUGGAUUAAGAGGAACUCAAAUGUAUCUGCCAUUUCCAGGUAGAGGCUGCCCAUAGGCACAGAUCUAGGAUCAGUUUACGCUCCCUCAAACCUAACCUUAACCGUAAGAGGAGGAAACACUAAACUGACCUUAGGUCAGCGUCUAUGGGCAUCUUCAUCCUAACCUGGAUUGCCCACCAUAGGAGAACAACCUAAAUAUAACCAUGGAGGAAUAUGACAUCUUAAAGGUACACUCAGCGAAAUGACGUUUCCACAAGCAGCACCGCAGAUAUUGAGAUGAGCAAGAUGCAAGACUUCGCUCUCAAACAGUUACAUACAGUAUCUGCGCAUGUGCAUGGGUUUGCUUCACACUGUUCACAGUGUGGUAGCCAGGGCACCAAAACAGUGGAGAAGUUGAGCCUCACGCUUUGUUUGUUUGUCUAUUUGGAUCCCCAUUAGCUUUUGCAGAAGCAGCAGCUACUCUUCCUGGGGUCCACAAAAACACAAAUCAUGACAAGUAACAAUACACUGAUACACUGUUUGACAAGGACAGCCACACAAAUUUAAAGCUGCAAUAUGUAACUUUUUGGGCAACCCGACCAAAUUC